ACUGACGUCAUAUCCGCAGCAACCGUUUGCAUCUCGCGCACAAGCUGAAGUGUCGGUGAUCUUAAUCAGAUUCAGAAAGAGUUUGACACUGAGCUGGCAGCCAUGGCCCACCAAUCGAUAGACAUCAUAACAAAGGUUUUGGAGCAGUCGGCCAAGCUGGUGGAGGACCAGGUGGACGCACAGCUGAGCAAACUGAAUGAAAUGGAUGAAGAUGAUUUGGAAAGACUGAAGGAGAGGCGGUUAGAGGCGCUUAAAAAAGCCCAGAAACAGAAGCAGGAGUGGUUGUCUAAAGGUCACGGAGAGUACAGAGAAAUCUCGAGUGAGAAAGACUUUUUCGGCGAGGUCAAAGACAGCAAGAAUGUUGUCUGCCACUUCUACAGAAAUUCAACCUUCAGAUGUAAGAUCCUGGACAAACACUUGGCCAUCUUGGCAAAGAAACACGUUGAGACCAAAUUCAUCAAACUGAACGUGGAAAAGGCCCCGUUUCUGACAGAGAGGCUGCGGAUCAAGGUCAUUCCCACACUGGCUCUGGUCUUAGACGGAAAAACAAAGGACUAUGUGGUCGGAUUCACCGACCUGGGAAACACAGACGAGUUUCCUACGGAGAUGCUUGAAUGGAGACUCGGCUGUGCAGGUGUCAUUAACUACAGCGGUAACCUGAUGGAGCCUCCCACAGUGACACAGAGGUCCGGCACAAAGUUCACGAAGGUGGAGAAGAAAACCAUCAGAGGGCGAGGCUACGACUCAGAUUCUGACUCUGAAGACGACUGAAAAGCACCGACGGUCGUUUGGUUUUCUCUCUCAGGGCUACCUCUUCAAAAAGUCUAGCAAACAGCCCGCUUUACUUUCCCCUCUCUCAGUGACCCAUUCAUUACAGAUGAACAUAUUUUACUUUACCAUAUCUCUUUUACAAAAUCAUUUUUUAUUCCUGCCUUAUAUAACAAAUUGUCUGCCAUGAUUUAUAUUUGAACAGCAAAUAAAACAUGACUGAUAUGCACCUCAAAUAAAAGGAAACAUUAUACACAAGAGGAUUAAGUCUGUCACUGAGCCACCAAUCAUGUAUCGAUUAGCUCAGAGCUUUAUUGUUUGUGAUUUGGUCUUUCAUUAGCUAAAACCUUUGUCUUGAAUCACAGACGUGCUCAUUUAUGUCGUUCUGUUCGUUUUAUGUGUGUUUUCUCAUAACCGUGUGGGUCUGAUGUUAGAACAGAAACUAUGAUGCAUGAGUGCCAAGAUCAUCCUUUAGCGUCAGAAUACAUUUUUACACAUUUCCUUGUAGCAAGUUUGACUAAUGCAGACUUAAUUAAAAAACUGUAAAAAGAA